UCGUUAGUUCACGUACGAAACGUUGAUUCUUCGCGAUAUGCAGCUAAGGGCAUCGCGGAAUAUUACUGCUUUUCUAUUCCCGUUCAGAUUCCGCGCGCGAGGGGACCGACUUCACUCUCAUACCAACAUCCUCAAAGAGAGCACUCGCCGCAGCGGAGAUACGGCGAGCGUGUCUGCUGGCCUCGCGCCUCCACAACUCAGAUCCCCUUCUCAUGCCUAUCGUACAAGCAUGUUGUUGCUCGAAGCCACAUAGCUUCCAGAAGACCCCAAAGGAUCCACAAAGGGAACACCUUCGCCUCACACACAUUCCUUCAACGCAAAUUCCACUUUC